AUGGACACAAGAACCCUCUGGAGGGAGUCCGCUAGGAUCCCAUUACUGGACGCCGGGCGUUAUAACCCAGGAGGCCAUAGCCUGGGAGGCCGGACGCCGGGCGCCAGAGCCUGGAAGGCCGGACGCCGGGCGCCAGAGCCCAGGAGGCCGGACGCCGGGCGCCAGAGCCUGGAAGGCCGGACGCCAGAGCCCAGGAGGCCGGACGCCGGACGCCAGAGCCCAGGAGGCCGGACGCCAGAGCCCAGGAGGCCGGGCGCCAGAGCCUGGAAGGCCGGACGCCGGGCGCCAGAGCCUGGAAGGCCGGACGCCGGGCGCCAGAGCCUGGAAGGCCGGACGCCGGGCGCCAGAGCCUGGAAGGCCGGACGCCAGAGCCCAGGAGGCCGGACGCCGGGCGCCAGAGCCCAGGAGGCCGGACGCCAGAGCCUGGAAGGCCGGACGCCAGAGCCCAGGAGGCCGGACGCCGGGCGCCAGAGCCCAGGAGGCCGGACGCCGGGCGCCAGAGCCCAAGAGCACAGUUUUCUCACUUUCACUGGUCGUACAUUUUAA